AUGGAUCGUCGGCUUUCGCAAGGAAUUCGACGAAUGUCGGAAGGAUUUUUGCAAAUCGCCAAUACUGAUGUAGGUUUAGAAAUGAAAAACAAAUAUCAAGAAAAAAAAAGCAUAUUUUUAAAAUGACCUUGAUCAUCAAUAAAACACAAUUUUUAAAAAUCGAAUGACGUUUUGAAAGAUGAAAAUAACCAAAAAGAUAAUCUUUGAAAAUGACAAUCUACAGAAAUCUACACUGAAUAUAUUUUUCAGAGAAUUUUAGAUCUUCAUGACCUUGGAAUGCACAAUGUAGCAUCUGAAUAUCGAUUAGUUUCAAAAUGUGAAGAAGCUGAAGCAUCUCUUGGACCACCGAGAAGAAAAUUAACAUUUGUUGAAAUGAAAGAGAAAAUCAGGUAAUUAUUCAAAAAUAAUAUCGGUCACAAAGUUAUCAUUGGUUUCGCUUAUCUUUUUGACAACUGGUUAUUCUGGAAAUAUUUCCAGUCAAGGUUUUUUUUUGAAAUAUCGGAAACGUUUUCAUUUAUUUCCUAAAAGAGAAAGUGCGAACAAAAAUAUUUCUUUGUUCAUCAAUUCAAUCUUUCAACAAUCAAUAUUAAUUUUUGAAAAACGUAUGUAAAUGCAUCUUCAAAAUAAUUGUCAAGUUAUUGGAAAUGACAAAUAUUUAUGGUAUGUUAAUUGCUAUUGGUGGGAAAAUUUUGGAAUUUCUUGUGAAUCAGGCUUUUUCAAAGUUCCGAUUUGGUAGUCUAGACUUUUUAACUUCAAAAACUAUUCCACUUCCUGUUUGUGACCCUAUUUAUCUGAAAAAAUGGGUUCAAUUAAUCUCCGAUUCCCCGGGCCCAUUUCAGAAACUUCCCUGCUCAAAAAAAAGUUUCAGCACAAAAUUUGCUCUGAUCAAUUUGAUGAAAGGCAUGCUUGGAGCUGGCUGUUUUUCAGUUCCAUUGGCCUUUAAACAAGCUGGAUAUUUGACAGGUUUUGGAAUUAUUUUUACACUUGGUAUAUUAUCAGCUAUUUGUAUGAUUAAACUUGUCAAAUGUUCGGGAUAUCUUUCAAAAAUGUGAGUUCUUUAAUUGAUUUCUAAAAAUCAAUCAUUCAAUAAAUAAAGUAAUCAAUCUGCCCCGUUGGAUUACGGUAACAUGGCGUACAAAGCAACUCAAGCAAGUUAUAAACCUCUUCGAAGAUUUGCUCCAAUUUCAAAAUUCAUCGUGAAUUCUUCAUUGAUUAUUCUCCAACUUGGUAUUUGUUGUGUAUUUUAUAUUUUCGUUGUUUAUCAUCUUCACGAACUCUUGGAAUUUCUAAUGGAAAAUCCGCCAAGUCGAGCAACUCUUUUCCCACUUGUUCUACCUGCUUUCAUUCUACUGUGCUCUUUAUCUUCAAUGAGAGCAUUGUCUUUAGUUUCACUUGGUGGGAACUUUCUAAUGUUAAUUGCAUUAGCAGUUAUUAUGUUUGUGAGUAUUUUUAAGGGAAAAUUCCAAUAAUUUAAUAUUUACAGCAACUUGUAACAUGUGAACAUAAGAAAUUAGAAGAUCUUCCAGUUUACACAGAUAUUCGUGGAAUCGUAACUGCUGCUGGUGCAAUCUUAUAUGCUCUUGAGGGACAAGCAAUGGUUUUACCAUUGGAAAAUCGAAUGAAAAGACCAGAAGAUAUGACAGGUUACAGUAAUUUCAUAUCUUUCAUAUAUUUUAAAUUGAUUUUCAGGACCAUUUGGUGUUCUGAGUAUUGGUGUAGGAAUGGUUGUUAUAAUUUAUUCCUUUGCCGGAUUUUUUGGCUUUUUGGCUUUCGGAGAUGAUGUUCAAGAUACUGUAACUCUUAACUUGCCAAAUAAUGAAUUAGGAAUAUUUGUGAAAAGUGUUUUAUUAUUAGUUGUUUAUUCUGGAUUCCUUAUUCAAAUAUUUCCGAUUGUUGCGAUGAUUUGGCCAAUGAUCAAAAGAAAAUUGAAAAAUUCAUGUGGAGUUCAACAAACAACUAAAAGAAUUGUUCAUUUUGCAUUCAGAUAUGCCAUUGUUUUGAUAGUCUGUGAGUUGUUUAAUCUAUUUUUAUUUAUUUUCCCCAACUUUUCUAUUUCAGUUAUUUUGGCGUAUUCAAUUCCUCGACUUUCUGAUAUGGUUCCACUUGUUGGAGUUACAGCUGGAAUGCUUUUGGCAUUAGUUUUUCCUUCACUUUUUCAUCUUCUCAUUUUUCUUCCACAAUUCAAAUUCACAUUUCGUCAAAUAUUUGAUACAUUUCUUGAUAUUAUUUGUAUUACUCAGCAUCUCCUGGCGUAUACUUUUUGCACGAUAACGUACGCUUUCCCUACACUCUUUCUACGCUUUUCGUACACUUGCCACUUUUCGCGAGUGUAGCUACAUUGUAGGACCGCGUUGCAAGCGCGUUGCGUUGCGGCUAUUAUUUUAUUUUUGUUUUCUAUUUUCUUUUUGGCCUAAAAUUAUUUUUAAAACGUCUAAAGUAGAUGAAAUGAUAGCCGAAUUUCAUCCACAUGGAUUCUAGAAGUUGAGUAUGGUUAUUGAAGCGAUUAGAAAUCUUUUUGGUCAGAAGAAGUAUAGUUUUUUCAAGAAAAAUCUUCAAAUAUCUUUGAAAAAUACGGAAUUUUCUUCAAUGAGACUUUGAGAAUCAGAGUUAAUCGAUAGUUAUCAGUCUUCUUAUUCUCGUUAUUAUUGUUUUUACACCUGAAUUUGAUUGAAACUUGUUGAAUUUCAGAUCACCAUCCGAACAACUCCCAGAACUUGCAUCAUGAUGGCAGCAAAAGGAACGAGAAUCUUCUCCGGAGGUGUCCUCGAGCUCGAGGAGAUGAUUUUGAAGGUGAGUAUAACUUAAAUACCGGGAAGACUAGGAUUUCGGAACCCUACUGGCCAAUGGCCUGUCAAACAUAACUGAAAGUUGGCUGAUAAAUUCUUGGAGCUACAUCUUAUAAUUAUGAUAAGUAGAAGGUCUGUAAAUAGAACUGACGACCAACUUCCGAUAACCUAGUAACUAUUAGGCAUUUAGCCCAGGGGAGAUAGCCUAUAACCUCGCCAUUUUUUUCUGCAUGACGUAAAAUUAUGAGGUACUAGAAAAUUAAACAUCAUCCCAUUUUUCAGGUUGACACUUGA